GCGACGUGAAACGCCAUGGGAGGGAGGCGGCCACAGCCCCCAGAUGGGUUGGGUGGUGUUUGGACGCGUUUUGGGGGAAAUUCGGGCUGGAUUCGCGUGGGAUUUGCGUUUGGCAAAUUCCGAUUUCGAUGCGCGCGGGCGGCGACGAGGAGGAGCACGGCGACGAGGACUCGAGGAGGGUUAGCCACCAGCGGGGUGGUUUUGCGGAUAGGUCCCUGCACGAGCCGGCGAGGAGGUCUUGGGCAGCUGGCCUGCGGACCAACGACCAAGCCAUGCUCGCGGCCACCGGCGGUAGGCUGUUCUCCGCGGCGUCCGCGCGAGGCGGUCACGCGGGCGGUGGUGUCUCCGCGGGGAGUGGGGACACGCUGGGGAAGCGGUUGCUGAAGCUCAUCUACCCGAAGCGGAGCGCGGUGGUGGUGCUCCGGCGGUGGGCGGAGGAAGGCCGCACCGUGGAGAAGUACCAGCUCAACCGCGUCGUCAGGGAGCUUCGGAAGUACGGCCGCUUCAAGCACGCACUCGAGAUCUGCGAGUGGAUGCGGACGCGGCCGGAGAUGCGGCUGCUGCCGGGGGACCACGCGGUGCACCUCGACCUGGUCGCCAAGGUCCGGGGGCUCGCCAGCGCCGUCAAGUUCUUCGAGGACAUGCCGGAGCGCGCCAAGGCGCCGUCCACCUGCAACGCGCUGCUGCACGCGUACGUGCAGCACGGCGCGAGGGAGAAGGCCGAGGCCAUGAUGGCGGAGAUGGCCCGUGCCGGGUACCUCACCUGCGCGCUGCCCUUCAACCACAUGAUGUCGCUGUACAUGGCGAGCGGCGAGCUCGAGCGGGUGCCGGAGAUGAUCAAGGAGCUGAGGAGGUACACGGUCCCCGACCUCGUCACCUACAACAUGUGGCUCACGUACUGCUCCAAGAAGAAGAGCGUGAAGAGCGCUGAGAAGGUGUUUGCUCUCAUGAAGGAUGAUAGGGUGGUUCCUGACUGGAUGACCUUCAGCUUGCUCGGUAGCAUCUACAUCAAUGCCGGACUCCAUGUCGAGGGCCGGAACGCGUUGGUGGAGAUGGAGAAGAUGGCCUCCAGGAAGGAGCGAGCCGCAUACUCGUCACUCCUCACCCUGUAUGCGAGCUUGUCAGAUAGAGGGAACUUGGACAGGGUGUGGAAUAAGAUGAGGGAAACCUUCAGGAAGUUCAGCGACACGGAGUACAAGUGCAUGCUCACUUCCCUCACGAGGUUUAACGACAUAGCUGCAGCAGAAGGCCUUUACAGGGAAUGGGAAUCAGCGUCGGGAACACGUGAUUCAAGGAUCCCGAACACGAUCCUUUCGUAUUACAUCAAGAAUGGCAUGAUCGAGAAGGCAGAGAGCUUUCUUGGCCAGAUUGUGGAGAAAGGAGUGAAACCCAGCUAUAGCACAUGGGAGUUAUUCAUCUGGGGUUAUCUCGGCGACAACAAGACGGACAAAGUCCUUGAGUGCCUGAAGAAGGCCCUCUCAAGCUUGGAGAAAUGGGAGCCAAACCAUGAGCUCGCCACCGCGAUCUUUUCUCAGGUCGAGAAGACAGGUGACAUUGAAGCUGCAGAGAAGCUCCUAGUCGUGUUCCGGGAUGCAGGGUAUGUGACCACUGAGAUGUACAACUCGGUCUUGCGCACUUAUGCAGAGGCCAAGCUCAUGCCUCUGAUAGUUGACGAACGCAUGGAGCAAGACAAGGUGGCCAUGGAUGUGGAAACCAGGAGAUUGUUGAGGUUGACCAGCAAAUAUCCAAUCGGUGAGGUUUCAACAUUGAUGUCUUGAGGUGUGCCAAUAAUAGAAGGGGUGUUUCAGGAUGCAAUGUGUACAUGCCCAUAUGUUUUCGCGCACUUCGGUUUUGAAGUACAAAAUGCAAAUAACAAUCAUUUAGUUUUGAAGUGCAAUACAGAGGGGUGUGAUUUUGCAUACUAACUCAUAUUUUUUGAUUUGCUGAGAUAAGGAACCAGAUACAGUGUUUACAGUUGUU